AUGGGGGCUGGAAGAUCGUGUUGGCACACAUGGGUCCAGGGCAUUCGAAUGGCCCGUGUACCUCAUGGUCCGUGGAGGGAUCUGUACCCCUGGCGCCAUUACAGCAGCCAGCUGGCUCGCUCAGGCGUAGCCGCUGCUCGGCUGGACCAUGCCCGUUGGAUUGCAACUGCUGCUUCACCGAGCGCGUCAGCCAAAACCCUUUAUCAGCAUCAAACGGACUGCAUAGAGCAGUCCCUGACUGCCUUUGGGCAGCACGACCGCGUGGCCGUGAGCAUGCCCACGGGCUCGGGUAAAACAGUUGUGUUCAGCCACCUUCUCGCCCGCCUUCCAGCCCCAACGCCAUCACAGCACAAAGUGCUGGUGCUUGCACACCGCACCGAACUUCUGGCACAGGCCAAGCGACAAAUUGAGGCCCACAACCCCAACUUGCGCGUCGACAUUGAGGGAGGACAUGCACAUGCUGAUGUAGAUGCUGCUGAUGUGAUCGUGGCCUCCGUACCCACACUCGGGCGGCCCAGCUCCGUGCGCCUCAGCCGCUUCGACCCAGCCGAAUUCAAGCUGAUCAUCAUUGACGAGGCCCAUCAUGCCGCUGCCUCAACCUACAAGCGCAUCCUCCACCACUUUUUCGACGAAAACCGCAGCAACCCCUAUGAUGUCAAGCUGUGGGGCUGUUCCGCCACGCUACAGCGUCACGAUGGACUGGGCUUGGACGAUGUCUUUGAUACUAUUGCCUACUCCGUGUCCCUGGAAACCUUGCUUGACGAGGGCUUUCUGGCGCCGGUUCGAGGCAUGAAAGUCGACGUUGACCUCAAACUGGAUCAAGUGCGCAUUCGCAAGGGCGAGUAUGACCCCGCAGAGCUGAGUCGGCUGGUCAAUACCAACGCACAGAACGAGCUUGUCGUUGAACAGUGGCGUCGGUACUGCCAGAACGAGCGGCGAUCUACUUUGGUUUUUGGAGUGGACAUUCGUCACGUCCUCGAUCUGCAGGAACAGUUCAAGUCGGGUGGAGUCCAAGCAGAGAGCAUUACAUCUCUCACUCCCAACGCCGAGCGUAAACGGAUCCUGCAAGCGUUUUCCGACGGCGAGUUUCCUGUUCUCCUCAACUGCACCGUUCUGACGGAGGGCACGGAUUUGCCCUGCGUCGAUGCCUUGAUUAUGGCCCGGCCCACGCGGAGCCACACUCUUUUUGUUCAGAUGCUAGGCCGUGGCCUCCGCCUCCAUCCGGACAAGAAGGAUUGCUUGGUUAUUGAUGUUGCCAACACUUUUGCAAGCAACUCCCUGAGUAGCCGCAUGGCCACCCUUAUGGGUCUCAAAUUCACGGCCGAAGACGAUGGUGCGGCCCAUGCACACGCGAUCGCGCCUCUAUCUGUGUGA